GUUUAGAUAAUUUUGAACGUUUCUUAUUUUCUUCUUCUGCAUUCGAUAUCACUUUGACGAUAGAUCUCAUCGGAAAAAGAGAUAAGGUAGGAUCCAUGGCGGUUGUCGAUUUUCUUCCGAAAGAGUACGGAUAUGUGGUCAUCGUCGUCGUCUUGUACUGUGUACUCAAUUUCUGGAUGGCAUUCCAAGUCGGCGGAGCUCGCAAGAGGUACAAAGUUGCUUACCCAACACUAUACGCAAUCGAGUCUGAAAACAAAGAUGCUAAGCUCUUCAACUGUGUUCAGAGAGGUCACCAGAACUCUCUAGAGAUGAUGCCAAUGUACUUCUUACUCAUGAUCCUUGGUGGGAUGAAGCACCCUUGCAUCUGCGCAGGCCUUGGCUUGCUCUACAACGUUAGCAGAUUCUUCUACUUCAAAGGCUAUUCCACUGGUGAUCCUAUGAACCGCCUCACCCUCGGGAAAUAUGGCUUCUUGGCAAUUCUAGGUCUUGCCGUUUGCACAAUCUCGUUUGCCAUUACACUGCUUCGCGCCUGAGCUUUAUGGUCUUUCGUGACUUUAAAAUGCUUUUGGUUGUUGCUAGACUCUUUGGUUUCUACAAGUUUAAUAACACUGUCAUUGCACUUUCUCAGACUUUUAAAUGCUCAGUUUUUUUUCCUUUUUUGUGUUGUAAAGCCAACUUUCUAGUCAAUCAGGUGAAAUAAAUAUUUGAUUAGUG